AUGAUUAAUGCAGAUAAUCUGAAUAAUAAUAUUAACGAUCUGUAUCAUAGUAGGGUUUAAGUAAGAUAUUUGGAUAAAAUGAAAUAAGCUAUCAUAAAUCUAAUUGAAUAAAUAACCAACAAAUAAUUCCUCAUUAAAUAGUUAACAAGUGCCAAUUUUCACUUAAAAUUAAUUAAAUACUUUGAAAAAUAAUAAUUAAUCAGUUUAUCCUUGUGUAGCUUUAAGGAUGAAUGA